UCCCACUCAGCUGAGCAUGGCAUCUCCUAAGAACGCCCAGAAAGGUUACGAGGAGGUUCCCGUCGAGGAGCCCCUCCAUCACAUUCGUAUCACUCUCACCUCCAGGAACGUCAAGGCUUUGGAAAAGGUGUGCUCCGAGUUGAUGGCUGGUGCCCACGAGAACGAACUUACUGUUGCUGGCCCUGUCCGCAUGCCCACUAAGGUCCUCAAGAUCACCACUCGUAAGUCCCCCAACGGUGAGGGUACUAACACUUGGGACAGAUUCGAGAUGCGCAUCCAUAAGCGUUUCAUCGACCUCCAGGCUACCCCUAAGGUUGUGAAGGACAUCACUUCCAUCUUCAUCGAGCCCGGUGUAGAUGUUGAGGUCACCAUUGCUCAGAGUUAAACGGUGAUUCCGUUACCAUUGCGGUACCGCCAAAAGCCACAAUUUGGGAUGCUUGCUUCCGCCUAAAGAGCCACCAUCCGCUGCUGUUUGGAAGGGUAUAACCGUUGCGGUGAAG